UAGUCAUGAAGUUUCACAGAUUAGUUUACACGGAUUCCUGAAAUUCCACAAACGAUAAAUCAAAUAAAGCAAUGUCUACUAAAGAAGAAACCAGUCCCAGCGACGUUCGGAAGUACGAUGACGGUACGUGUGCUAUUUGUCUGAGUUCGCAUGUCAACAAAGCGACCCCGGACUGCGGCCAUGUCUUUUGUUUCCGAUGCUUGAUUGACUGGUGCAAGGUAAAGCUUGAAUGUCCAACUUGUAAGCAACCGUUCCAGAACUUUCGUCACGACAUCCAGAUUCGACCGACUUGCGAGCAGAUCUACACCCCCGAUCCUCCUCUCGUUCCUGCCGACCAACAGCCAACGCCAGAGGUUAUCAACAUAACUUUCCUGGACGAAGGGGAGCAUCAAACGUGGGUUGUUCGAACUCCCAAUAGGAUCAUUGUGCUACUGAUGCCACCGUUAACCCACGAAAGAUUGCAUCACGAUACCAACUUCCGAACAUGGUUCUUUAAUUAUCUGAAUAACCAACUGAACAUCAACAUUCUGGGCAUGGUCUGGCCUUAAUUGAGACACGUAGCUUAUAGACAAGGCAUGUCAGU